AUAAACGGUUAGGUUUUAAUGCCAAAUAUUGUGUUUACGAAAAUAUCAAAAUAUUGUAAUUAAAAACUGAAAUGCAUACAUAAUCCCUGCAGGGAAAUCCGAGCAACUUGCUAUUAAGACACAUAAAGAUACCACAAAGAAAUUCCUGAUGUAGAUCUCAAGUAGCCUUAAUCAAACCACUGUGACGACAGAAAUCAAAAUGGCCGACAUUGGACCCUCACAACCUGUCAAAUGUGACCGUUAUUACACAGAUCGCAACAAGACAACAUUUAUAUAUGGCGGAUACGAGGGAAUUCCCGAGACCCUGCUCAUCAAUUUCUGUGUUUGGCUGCUGCUGCUUAUCCUCUUUGGGAUUCUGCGUAAGCUUGCGUGGGAUUAUGGGAGAAUUGCACUGGUCAGCCGUCGUGAUGAAAGAGAAACGUUGGUGUCUGAGUCGAGAUAUAAUGUAUGGACAUCACUAUUCUAUACAGACAGGUCUUCAUUGGACACCCACACGUCACAGGAAUCUCUCGAUACAAAAAUAUUCGGCCAGGAUAAGGGUUUCUGUGGGUGGCUUCCAGCUAUAUUUAAAAUCAAAGAUGAGCAUUACUUGCGGAAAAGUGGUCGAGACGCUGUGCAGUACUUAAUAUUUCAGCGCCAUCUGUUGGUGUACACAGGAAUCAUCUGUAUCUUGUCUAUAGGUGUCAUCCUUCCUAUCAACUUCCAGGGCACCCUAGAGGGCAACACACAGACAUUUGGUCACACUACUAUUAGUAACAUAAAUAGCAACUCCCCGACACUUUGGGUACAUGCUUUAUUAGCGAUUGUAUUCCUUGUCAUAGCCGUUUACUUUAUGCGGCAUUUCUCCAUCAAUCUGCGCUACGAAGAGGAUGAUCAGACUUCUAGAUCACUGAUGAUCUCAGGGAUUCCCAAAGACAAAUGCUUCAAGAACCUCAUGCAGCAACAUUUCCAGGAAGCAUAUCCAGAGGUGUCUGUACUUGACAUACAGUUUGCUUAUAAUAUUGGAACACUCAUAAAACUAGAUAAAAACAGGCAAAGAGCCUAUGAAGGCAAGAUCAACUCUGAGAACAUUCAUAAAGAGACAGGGGAGCGUCCUGAGAUGGUUCCUAAAAUGUGUGGACAAGUCUGUUGUUGCUGUUCCCCAUGUGGCUGUAGAAAGGUUGAUGCCAUAAUGUACUACACUGAUGAGGAAAAUAAACUGCGGGAGCAGUGUGAACAAGAAAAGGUGAAUGCUUUCCGAGACUCGCUGGGUAUUGCCUUCGUCACAUUUGAUAAUGACUUCAUGGCGGCAAGGAUCUUCUCAGAUUUCAAGACAUCGUGCAAAGGGGCACAUAAUCCACAACCAUCAACAGUAAGCACAGAACUGGAGGCCCCUGGCUGGGAGGUGAAGUAUGCCCCGGCACCUGACAAUAUAUUCUGGGAAAAUUUAUCAACCAAUAAGAUCUUGUGGUGGACACGUGCAGUUAUUGUGAAUUGCAUUCUGGUUGUACUCCUCUUUUUUCUAACAACGCCAUCUAUUUUGAUGAACUUGUUGGAUCAAUGGAAUUAUAAAAAAGCACUCAAUGACCUUCAUAGUGCAUUUAUAGUGCAAUUUCUCCCCACUGUGAUACUAUGGACAUUCUCAGCUCUUCUACCAAAUCUAGUCUACUAUGCUGAGUAUUAUCUCAUUGGCCAUUGGACAAGGAGCGGGGAGCACCACGCCGUUAUGAGAAAAACAUUCAUAUUUCUUCUACUCAUGGUCAUAGUGCUGCCCUCUUUAGGCCUGACUAGUGCCAAAGCUCUCCUAGAGUUCCUGGGUACUCAGGAUGAAGGAGUGGUGAAAUUUAGAUGGCAGUGCAUCUUUCUGCCUGACAAUGGUGCAUUCUUUGUGAAUUACGUCAUAACAUCAGCAUUUAUUGGCAGCGGAUUGGAGCUUAUACGCUUCCCGGAACUGUUCAUGUAUGCACUGCGCCUCCUAUUGGCCAAAUCUGCAGCUGAACAGACUGCGGUCAGAAAGCAUCUUGUGUGGGAGUUCCAGUUUGGCAUCCAAUAUGCCUGGAUGUUAUGUAUAUUUGCUGUCAUUGUAGUCUACAGUAUACCAUGCCCCCUAAUUGUACCUUUUGGCCUACUGUACUUAAUCCUCAAACAUCUGGUGGACCGCUACAAUAUCUAUUUCGCUUAUGGCCCAUCAAAGAUCGACAAAAAUAUUCACACCAGUGCUAUCAAUUUCGUCAUUGUAGCUGUCAUUAUGUUGCAGUUCUGCAUUGUCUUCUUCACAGUGCUCAGAUCAGAAAACACAUAUGGUCUUACUGUUUUCUCGCUCGUCGCUCUGUUCCUUACGCUAAUCAUCUUCGUCGGGCGUCUCUGUUUUGGUUGGUUCAAAGGAUUUGGACCCCUUAGUUACUCUCAGUUUCAGAAUGGAGUUGAGAGUCCCAUGACACCCCCAGAAGAACAGGAACUCAAGGCAUUUGUGCCGAAUGUUCUCCUUAAAGAGACUGACCAGAGGACUUACCAAGCUCCCAGUCCAGUAAGAGAGGCCACUACCCACAAUGCCCCAGCUCCAGCCAGCCAAUCAUAUGGUGCCACAGAUUCUCCGAGUCAUGAAGCUUCUCAUGCAAAUCACCAUGAUGAAUUUGAAUAAAGCUCCACAAUUGUUGCGCUUUAUACUAACAAAGUAGACUAUAAUGAGUGGAAUCGGCAAGGAAUA